ACUCAUAGGGAUCUGUGUGGAGCAACUGUUCCGAGGAACCCAGCAAGAGUUGAGAAAGGAGUGGGGCGUGGGGGUGUCCCGGGAACCCCCAGGCGCGAGGCAGCGACGAGAUCCCUACGAAAGCAGGCGCGCGCCGCAGUGGGGGAGCCAGGCCGCUUCGACCAGUGACUGAGUGACGCGUCCCGCCGGCGCGCGCUGUGAAGAGAUGAAUCUGGAACGCCUGAGGAAGCGGGUGCGGCAGUACAUCGACCAGCAACAAUAUCAAAGUGCUCUGUUUUGGGCAGAUAAAGUAGCUUCACUGUCUCAUGAGGAACCACAAGACAUCUAUUGGUUGGCUCAGUGUCUUUACCUCACCGCUCAAUACCACAGAGCAGCACAUGCCCUUCGAUCAAGAAAACUAGAUAAGUUAUAUGAAGCAUGUCGAUAUCUUGCUGCUAGAUGUCAUUAUGCUGCAAAAGAAUAUCAGCAGGCUCUUGAUAUUCUUGACAUGGAAGAACCAAUCAACAAAAGACUGUUUGAAAAAUAUUUUAAAGAUGAAAGUGGACUGAAAGACUGUUCCAGUGAUUGGGAAGUUUCACAAUCCUCCAUCAAGAGCUCUAUUUGUCUUUUGCGGGGGAAGAUCUAUGAUGCCCUUGAUAAUAGAACCCUGGCAACAUUCAGCUACAAAGAGGCCUUGAAACUUGAUGUUUACUGCUUUGAAGCUUUUGACCUUUUAACAUCACACCACAUGCUGACAGCACAAGAAGAAAAAGAGCUUCUUGAAUCGCUACCUCUUGGAAAACAGUGCACAGAAGAAGAACAAGUAUUGUUACACUUUCUGUUUGAGAACAAACUUAAAAAGUAUAAUAAACCCAGUGAAACAUUGAUUCCUGAAUCUGUAGAUGGUCUACAAGACAAUCUGGAUGUUGUAGUGUCUUUAGCAGAAAGACACUACUACAACUGCGAUUUCAAAAUGUGUUACAAGCUCACUUCUGUAGUAAUGGAAAAGGACCCCUUCCAUGCCAGUUGUUUACCUGUGCAUAUUGGGACGCUUGUGGAGCUGAAUAAAGCAAAUGAACUUUUCUAUCUUUCCCAUAAACUGGUUGACUUGUACCCAAAUAAUCCUGUCUCCUGGUUUGCAGUAGGAUGCUAUUAUCUUAUGGUUGGUCACAAAAACGAGCAUGCCAGAAGAUAUCUUAGCAAAGCUACUACACUUGAGAGAACAUAUGGGCCAGCAUGGAUAGCAUAUGGACACUCAUUUGCUGUUGAAAGUGAGCAUGAUCAAGCAAUGGCUGCAUACUUCACAGCAGCCCAACUAAUGAAAGGCUGCCAUUUGCCAAUGCUUUAUAUUGGACUGGAGUAUGGCUUGACCAACAACUCAAAAUUAGCUGAACGAUUUUUCAGCCAAGCUUUAUGUAUUGCACCUGAAGAUCCUUUUGUUAUGCAUGAAGUUGGGGUAGUAGCAUUUCAGAAUGGAGACUGGAAAACUGCAGAAAAGUGGUUUCUUGAUGCAUUAGAGAAAAUUAAAGCCAUUGGAAAUGAGGUGACGGUUGAUAAGUGGGAACCUUUAUUGAACAAUUUGGGACAUGUAUGCAGAAAGCUCAAAAAAUAUGAAGAAGCUCUUGAAUACCAUCGUCAAGCUCUAGUGCUGAUUCCUCAAAAUGCUUCUACCUAUUCUGCCAUUGGAUACAUACAUAGUUUGAUGGGCAACUUUGAAAGUGCAAUUGAUUAUUUUCAUACAGCCCUUGGUCUUAGAAGGGAUGAUACAUUUUCAGUUACCAUGCUUGGACACUGCAUAGAAAUGUAUAUUGGCGAUUCUGAAGCCUACAUUGGAACUGCAAUUAAGGACAAAUUAAGAUGCUAUGACUUUGAUGUGCAUACUAUGAAGUCUUUAAAGAACAUCAUUUCUCCUGCAUGGGAUGUGUUGGAAUUUGAUAUUGAAAAGCAAACUCUAGAAGAAAGUAGUAUCAUGGCACUAGAAGCACCACAUCAGAGGAAAACUACAGAAGCACCUCCUCCAUUAGAUGAAACCUUUGAAAUUGAAAUGAAUGAAAGUGAUAUGAUGUUAGAAACAUCCAUGUCAGAUCACAGUACGUGACUAUAAAACAGAUUUGUCAUGUUAUUUAAGCAUUUUUGUUGCAUCUUAGGAAUCUACUACUUUUUAAAUAUACAAUUACAUAAUACUCUUGACAUCAGAGAACUGUGCAAGACUGUAACAAUGUUUAUUGUAAGAAAUUUAUCAAUUUUAUUCUGCAAAAUUAUACACCUUUUUAAAACUGUUCAUUGCAUCCUGUGACUGCUAUUAUAAAGAGACUGUGAAUGUUUAAAAAAGUACUUGGUUUACAAUAUGUUGGUUUCUGUGUCCUAAAACUGAUGAAUUUAUUGCUUUGGCUUUCCAGCUUUUUAUGUUUACAUGCUAAAUAUUUGUCACAAUGCCCUCCUGCCAAGUUUAGGAUUUUGAUACAAUAUAUUCUUUAAAAAGAAUUAAAGUUUUCAUAAUUUUGUUCAACCCCUACAUGCAUUUGUGAAAAAUAUUUUUUAUCCGUUGGAUCCAGUUUAUUUUUAAUUAAAUUGCUGGCAAAUCAUCUUAA